AUUGGUUUUGAUUUGCGCGUUGCAUAUGUCCGGAUUGUGCUCAGCGAUAUACGAAGACAGUGGACAGUCUGAACAUUACGUUUCCCCUCCAAUCUCGCGACUUCAUUGUUCUACACAUUAUGCCGUGAAACGGCAGGAGCGAUGCUUUGGAAGACCACGGCUCGGAAAGGACACCCUCCGCUCUUACUGUGACAGUAUUGCCGCGUCUUCCACAGAACACUCAACACGAUGCCGCUGCUACUGAAUCUACAUGUACAUCGAUGACCUGAUUUGGCCGUCUGCUCACACAUUGCGAUAUUUCUAUGGACAACGUGGCUGUGCGGGCCAGCAUGGAGUCGCUCACCGAUCAUCUUGUACGAUCGAAAUGGACUCUGAUAUCCGGCGGUGUUGCGCUUGGACUCUUCAUCCUGUGGCGUAGCCAGCACGAUCGCGCGUCGCAAAAGAGGAUCAAGGCUGCAACGGCAACAGAACCAUCUUUGCUGAGGAAGCACACCACAUACGAAGCCUACAAUACACCCUCCCAUUUUACUUAUCCCAAGAUUCGCACUUUCUACAAAGAGCAUCAGCAGGCCUCAAAGCUCCCUCGGGACAUUCCGCUGCUGGUUUUCAUCCAUGGACUCGGCGGUAGUGUCGCACAGUUCGAACCCUUACUCACCAGUCUCAUCAACGUGGCGUCGUGUCUCGCCAUCGACCUUCCAGGAUGCGGACUCUCUGACUUUUCCCCCAAGGAUCCUCGUGCAUAUACCACACUCGCACUGGCCGAGUUGGUGGUAGCUGCCAUCGACAAAUUCCGUGACGCACAGAAUGGCCAGAAGGUUGUGUUGAUAGGCCACAGCAUGGGCUGCUCGAUCACGGCUUUACUUGCAUCAUCUGCUUCUCCGUUGCACUCAUCAACAAAAGACUUUGUAGCCGGCAUGGUCUCCAUAUGCCCGCGAGCCACAUCUUUCAGUGCCGCGGAAGUGUUAACACUAAAACGGCUACAAGGAUUGCCGACGUACAUCUUCGACUUAUUUCGAUGGUAUGAUCGCCGCGGCGGCAUCAACAGUCGCAGCGUCAGUCGAAUGGUUGGGGAAGCCGCAGAUGAGGACACGAGGAAACUCCAGCUUCAAUUCAAUGAGCAAUCCCAGUCCGCUGUCUUCCAACUGAUGGCUGCAGGAGGGGUAGGCCGCUUUGAGCUGCCCGGUCAGGAUAUUUGGUCGACGAUCAAGGUACCGCUAUUCCUUGUCGCAGGCCAAGCAGACCAUCUCACGCCGGUCGCCGAAGUGGAACAAAUCAACACGUGGCUUACCGAGCGGGCUCAUGGCUCUCCACAGCCGGCAAGGACCAUUAGAAGCGUACCCUUACCUACUGUCGCAGGGGACACCCUGGGACUCCAACGCAAAGCCCAGACCAACGCCAUCGAUCUCGAUCGUCCAAGGAUGGACAGUGGAACCGCCAUUCAAGACGAACACACAGCAACCAAGCACUCCUUCGCACUAAAAACCACCAUCUUCCCCGCGCCAUCCGGCCACGGCUUGAUGUACGUGUCCUCCACCGUCCGCGUCCUCUCCGGCAUGAUCGAAAACUUCCUCGCCCGCCACGUCGACGAACGCCUGGGACAAGGCUGGCAGCUGCAACACCUCACCACCUCCGGCAAGUGGGACGUGAAGAACCUCAAAAAGUGGCAGUCCAUCGACGCCUGCAGCGCGCCCAUUGCCGGCUUGUUCCGCGCCAUGAAGACGAUGCGCGAAGUGGACGAUGUGCAUUGUCCGAAGGAGUUCGUCAAGCAUUUCAGUCGCAACGCUGUCGAGGAUGGGGUGGCGAUAGUGGUGGACAUCAGUCACGAAACGCCGGUUUACCAUCCGAAGGGAUUGGAGGAUGCGGGGGUGGAGUACCACAAGUUUCCGACUGUGUCGAAGGAGACGCCGAAAGCGGAGGAGGUGCAAGGCUUCAUUGAUCUAGUUGACAAGAUCCGGGAGACGAAGAUGGUUGUCCCGCCGGCGACGAUUGGCGUUCAUUGUCAUUACGGAUUCAACCGCACGGGCUUUUUCCUCAUAUGUUACAUGGUGGAGCGCCUGGACUACCGCUUACAAGACGCCAUUGCCGAGUUUGCAGAGAAGCGGCCGCCGGGCGUGAAGCACUCGCACUUUGUCAACGAACUGUAUGUGCGGUAUGCUGUUCAUAUGGAAAGACGGGGCACUGUCGUUGGCUAGCUGAGUAUUUUGAACUGUCGUUGAACGUUAACGACUAGACGCUGUCGCUUCCCCGACAACUGGAGAGAAAGUCGUGACACUGCUUACUCUCUUCGUGUGUGCAAUUGAGGGCCUUGUCACGCAUGUAAUGAGAUGAUUCAUCAUAGACUAUCAGCAAGCAUCCGUGUGCACUCAUUCCACCCGCCGACCGCCCCUCGCACAACCACAGAUAACAUAUACUUGCUACCCGAUUCGACCAAAGAAGGUCGGCAA